CUGAUCGGCGAUCGAAUGUUUCAGUCACAGGCUUAUAUCAGGAAGCAGCAGUCCCAUAUGAAAGAUGUUCUAGAUGGAAAGAAGGUGAAGUACGAGGAGAUUGACAUAUCUUCAAGCUCGGAAGACAGAGACAAGAUGAGGGAACUUUGCGGUGAUCCCAAAGCCUUGCCUCCACAGAUCUUCCGAGGGAACAAAUAUCUUGGGGAUUAUCAAGCCUUUGCUAAUGCUGUUGAAGAUGAAAAAAUUGAGGAGUUUUUGUCAAAGUAGCAAGGCCAUUUUUUUUAUAUACAGCUCUGCCAACACCAAAUGAACACUGCGUUAUGCUCCAUGCCAUGUGCAAAAUUGCCUUGAGGCAACCAAGUGAAUGUUUACUUGACACACUGAACAUUCCACAGCUCACUCAUUAGCUGCUGAAUCCUGACCUAAACUGAUACAUGUUUUCUAAUUUUAUUUAAGAUAGCUGAAUAUUUUUUUCUGCUACCACUAGCAGCACAUUCUUCACAGUAUAAAAUAGUACAGGAACAGGUUACCUCUAGUUUGCACUCAAGUACCUUGAUUUUAAGAGCAAUGAACGCACAAGCACAACACCUAAAAAUAUUUCAUUUUUCUUUUGUUGUAAAUUAUAUUUUGUUGCCAUUAUUAAAGGGUAAAGGGUAGUGUAGCUCUAUAACAUUGACUAUGUUAAGGUCAGCUUUUUUAGCAAAGAUUUUCUACAGCCAUGCAUCACUUAACGAUGGAGAUGCAUUCUAACAAAUGUGUCAUUAGGCGAUUUUGAUAUUGCAUGAACAUCAUAGUGUGUAAUACACUAAGAUAGAUUAUUAUAUUAAGUAUUAUAUGCUGUACAUAAUUGUAUUUGCUACACUUUUAUAUGGCUGGAAGUGCAUUGUGUUUUUUUGAGAACAAUAUCAUCCCAAGCACAUUAGUAAUGCAUUGCGCUACUGUGGGAAAUUUUCAUCUCCAUUAUAAUUUUAUAGUAACAAUAAGUCCAUCAUUAAUUAAAAUCUUAUUAUGUGCCGCAUGAUAGUAUUGAAGCAAAUGUGUAUCAACCAGAAGUUAAGGCAUGCUUAAUAAGUUCUGAAAUUUAACAAGAGCAAAUACACAUGUACGUGCCUUGCCUCUUUCCAGCAGAGAUUUUGUCCUUUCAGUCAUUCACUGCCUUUCAGACUUAUAUAGGAUUGUCUUUGAAGGAUUCAUUGCGAAGUGUGAUUUGUUUUAUGACGUGUACUUUUUUUAGCAGCAUGAACUAUUAUAAAUGACAUGCUCAGGGUAGGGAAAUGUGUGCAUCUUAUUAAUCUCAGAAGUUAAGUAUUAGUGAUGCUUAUCAAUGAUUUGAAGAGAAUAUCUGAAAAAGGAAGAAAUUUACUUAGAAAUUGAAGAGACUCAAAAGAGAGAGCAUGAAUAGUGUUUUAUGUUUACAUGCUAGCAUUUGGUCAAGAGUGUGAGCUUAAUUCAUGUUAUUACACAUUCACUAGAAUAUCUAUUAAUUUUAUAACCAAAACAUCAUAAUGAAUAUUAGGAUAUAUAUAUAGUGGCAUGUUUACUUUGUACUACUUUGAGCUUAUAGUUUUAAUUUUAGUUCUGAAGGUGGAGAAAGGGUUAAGUCAUCAGAAGAGAGUGACUAACAUUAAUUUAGAAGUACUCGGGCUGAGCCUUUCCUUACAUAGGAACCAAUGAUUUUUCUUCUUCUGACAUCAAACAUUCCAAGAUAAUUUUAGGCAAUAUAUUUUUUAUUUUCUUCUUUUUUUCUUUAGCACAUGUAUAUAGCUGCUGAUUUAUUUUAUGAAUUAUCUUUAAUAUUUUUUUUAUAAUUGUCUUCCACUUGCAUAUACAGAAUGCAGUUUUAUGUUUUUCCUACAGAACUUUAUUUCACUAAACAUUUCAUAGUGCUUUUGUUUAUGUUGUGUAAGUCACUGCUUUAUAGACAUACCUCAGAUGUUGUAAAAGAAUUCAAAGAGCUUUUUACAGAAAAAAUAUUAAACUGUUUAGAAGAGUUUCUUUUGUCUGAAGUUGUAGUUUUCUUCUCUGUUGCAACUAUUCUUUCAGACAGAAAAUGGAAGAUAUCAUGUAAAAAUUAAUAUGUAAAACAUUCAUCCAUCCUUGUACUAUGACAUUUAACUUAAACACAUUUAAGCAAGGACAUACUGAAGGCUAUGAAAGCAAUAUGUAAAAUAACUUUAAAAAAAAUAGUGAGACAGGUUUCCAAGAAGCUAGUCCCAAACUUUGCCACUUGCAGACAUAAAAUACAGAUGUUCAUUCCUUUCCUUGUGCAGGAUGCCAAAGUUCAGAGACCUCAAGUCAUUUAAAACAGGUGUUUAAAGGCUGUCUAUAACACACAUUUUAUAUGUGAGAUUUUUAUUUGCUUUAAAUUUCUGCUAGACCCAGAUUGAAAGUGCAACUAGAAGAAAUAGAGGAACUUUUUUGUGUGUAAAGUAUACUACCUAAAAUUAAGAUUAAGGGUACGACACUUACCUAAAAGAAUUAUUAUAAGUGGCAAUAGUCUGCUAUCAUAAGUUUAUAUUGUGCUGGUAUGUUGGUAUAUACUUAAGUGUCAAUACUUCUUUCAUUUUUAACAAAAAUCUCAUUUUUUCUAAGUGCAAUUUACAAGCAACACGUCAAGAGAUGAUCAUUUUUAUUUUGCACAUUAACCAUCAUACAUUUAUGUGUGUCAGGCAUAUGUAAUUUUCAUGCUAAAUGACAUAAAAAAUGCUUUAAAUAAAA